UUUGCUUCAAGUUCCUUAAUUGAGUGACAAAAGCACCAUCUUCAUCAUCAUCAUAAUCAAAUCAUCAUUGUUUAAAGAAAAACUCCUUUCACUCAAAUUCUAUUGUAAACCUUUGCUUCUUCCUUAAAAAGACACCACUUUCUCUUGCUCUGUUUCUCUCGGGGAAAAAAAGUUUAUGGGUUCUGUUUCUUGAAUCUCGGUUUCCACUGCGAUUAUUGAUCUGGGUGUUCAACAAUCUUCACAUAUUUUGCGUUUUGUUUUAUAAAUCAUGGGAACUUGGGAUAAUUCAAUGGAUCAGAGCGAUCCCUUUGAGUCAGCAUUGAGUUCCAUGGUGUCUUCACCUGCAGCUUCGAAUGUCCCUGUUUCUGGGGAAAAUGUAAUGAUGAGGGAAUUGAUUGGAAAAUUGGGGAACAUAUGUAGUUCUGGUGAUGCUUCUUGUUAUACUACUCCAUUGAAUUCACCUCCGAGGUUCGAUCUUUCAAUGGUGAAUUUGCCGAAUCGUUCAUCGUUGGCGGCGCCGUUUUCGGCUGAUCCUGGAUUCGCUGAGAGGGCUGCUAGAUUUUCCUGUUUUAGUUCCAGCGGGAAUUCCGGUGGCUUCAAUGAUCCAUUAAUGGAUUCCUUUAAGCUUUCUGGCAAUCAACCCAUUAAUGUUGAUGGAUCUCAGAGCAACAAGAAUUCUGGUUCCGAUAAGAAAAACAGUGGGGUUUCAAGGUCUUCCUCGCCGGAGAAUGCCGAAUCCGGUGUUUCCAAGGAUGAAUCUUCAGUUUUCCAGCAGAUCCAAUCCCAGAACGAUGCCGGCACCAGGAAAAGGAAAUCAACUCCGAGGGAAAAACCAAAAGAAAUCCCAUCUCCAGCAGCUGAUGAUGCCAAGGUUGCAUCAGAGAACGAGGAAUCGAACUCGAAACGAAGCAGGCGAAAUGGAGCUCCGGCUGGGAAUGGGAAUGCUAAAGGAUCAAAUGAUGGGAAUGAGAAGCAAAGGAAAGAGAAUUCGAAGUUGCUGGAGCCGCCGAAGGAUUAUAUCCAUGUCAGGGCCAGAAGGGGUCAAGCAACUGAUAGCCAUAGUCUUGCAGAAAGAGUUCGAAGAGAGAAAAUAAGUGAAAGGAUGAAGUUCCUUCAGGAUCUUGUUCCUGGUUGCAAUAAGGUGACUGGUAAAGCAGUUAUGCUUGAUGAAAUCAUUAACUAUGUGCAGUCCUUACAGCGCCAGGUUGAGUUUCUAUCUAUGAAGUUGGCCACUGUGAAUCCGAGGAUGGAUGUUAACAUGGAAGCCCUUCUAUCAAAGGAUAUGUUCCAAUCCCGUGGACAGUUGCCGCACGGAAUUUAUUCGAUCGAUUCAUCACCGGCAUUCCCUUACGGUUAUCAGCCCCAGCAAGGGCUACUACCACUUACCAAUGGCAUACCGAAUACCACCGAGACUCCGUUCUCGAUGAAAACACAAGGCUUCCUGCUGCCUUCGGUCGACGGUUUCACCGAUGCUCAUCCUCAGGUCGGACCAAUGUGGGAAGAUGAUCUCCAGAGCAUUGUUCAAAUGGGGUUUGCCCAGAAUCAGCCACAAAGCUAUCAAGGCUCAAUACCAACAGGGCAAGUGAAACUCGAGCUAUGAGCUACCACUAAACACCACCAUUGUAAAUAGAAACGGAAAGCCUUAUUUUCCCAGAAAUUGUUUCUGAGACCCCAAAUUUUAGAGAUUUCUUACAACAAAUCCUGAUUUGUAAUAUUUUAGUACUAAUCACAAUCAAGUCCAUGUA